CUUCCUCUGGGGCGAUCUGAUUUCUCCAGGAGCAUGGUUAAGGCACACUUAGGAGGGAUCGUCCUCUGUGGAGCAGGGACAAGACCCCUCCACCAGCAGCAGCCGUGCUGGGCAGGCUGCUCGGGCACCUGGGCGUGCACAGGGCUGUUUGCUCUGGGAGGAAAAAACAAUUAGCUUGUUCCUUUGUCCUGAGAAAACAUCACUCAGCAACGAAGAGCAGAGGAAGCAAGUUCUCAGGCUGGUAGAGAGACCUUUGGGACCAGCAUCAAGGAGCGGGCAAGGCCACCAGCUGCUGCCAGCCAAGCUGCAGCCCUCAGCUGGGACCCUGUGGGGUGGCUAGAGCAACAGUGCAGCAGCCACCUCCGUGUGACCCUCCGUCCCCGCUCCCACCGGACAGACCUGGCAGGCGUCAGGCAGCUUCGUUGGACCCAGCCAUAAAGUGAGGCAGGCGUGAGCGUAGCCAGGCAGAAGCAGCAGCCUCAGCUCCCACAGCUCCAUGUCGUGGGGCACAGGGCAGCACCUGCUCCCCGGGCUUCCCAGGGCCUCGCUGCGGAAAUCAGCAUCGAUGUACACUGAAAUACAGCGGGAACAACCAGAUGGUGGAAAUAUCCUGACUCACCCAGACUACAUCGAUGGAAACCCAGACCUCAUCAAACCUAAAAAGCUUCUAAAUCCUGUAAAAGCCUCAAAGAGUCACCAAGAGCUGCACAGAGAGCUGCUGAUGAACCACAAAAGAGGCUUGAGUGUGGAGAGCAAGCCAGAGCUGCAGCGGGUCCUUGAGCACCGACGACGAAACCAGAUCAUCAAACAGAAGAAGGAAGAGGAAGAGGCAAAGAAAUUGCAGUCUCCUUUUGAAAAGGAGCUAUUAAAGAGGCAACAGAGGCUGGAUCAGCUGGAGAAAGAGCAGGAGAAGGAAGAAGAUCAUGCACCAGAAUUCAUUAAAGUCAAGGAAAACCUGAGAAGAACAACAACAGUGAGUGAGGACGAGAAAGCAGCAUAGCUCCUGCCAAAACUCAACAGGGAUCCUACCAAGGCCAGCGCUAACACACACAUGCUGACACCUUUGUACAUGGUGGACAUUUACAGCCACAUCAUUGGGGCUACUUAUGGUUAUUAACACUUGCUCCAGUAGAAGGCACAAAAAAGGUUUUCCCAGCCCAGGAAGGUAUCACUGUGGAAAAGGUGUAGUAUUCAUUGAAGUACUCACACAAGGAGAUGCAGAAGGAAAUUGUGUUCUUUUCCCCCAGGUUGCGGGUGCACACUAACCUCCAGCUAACUCUUGGUUAACCCUUGAGACCCUUUAAGCCAGGGAAGUCUGUGGAGGGAGGGUUUGCGGGACCCCUGCUUCUUCAUGGAGGCUGGCCAAGCAUGGAGUGACAGGAGGGUGGCUGCAGCGCUGGGAAAGCUCCUGGAAACCUGGCCUGGUGACUAAAAGGGAAAAUCUGUGUAUCGCUGAGAACGGCCCAGGUGACUGCAAUGGUUUUCCCAAGGGUCACUGGUGUCUGACCAGUGUGUAAGUCAAGCCUGGCUGAGGCCACGUGUCCCAGCAGCACACCACUCUGUGAGAAAACUCAGCCUCUGUGUGCCCACAACAAUGCAGCACAGGCAGGUGCAACUGUUCCUCAUGAGCACCUUUAAACUGCAUUUCAAACAAACCUGUCUGAAAAUAGCUUUUUAGGCAGUUCCAUGCUCAGAGAGAUAACACAUUGGACUACACCAGCAACAGCCUGGGUGGGAGGUAAGUGGCCUGGGCAGAAAGCAAAGGCUGGGUGUUUUCAGUGUGGGUGUUCACAGAAGCGUGCAGAUGCCAGAGGGCAGAUCCCUGUGGAUGCAGCUGAUGGACAAACCACUUCUUGCCCCCGGAUUACUGAGCUUCAGACGCUCACCCAGCAGCUGGGCAAGGACUACCAUAAGGACCCAGAAAAACCCUGUGGUUGAACGGUACUAAUAUGGUCGUGUCCUACUGGUGUCAGGCUGCCACCUACAGGCACCAGGGCCUGAUGCAAAACGAUUUGUCAGCGCUUAUCCCCUUUUCCAGAGGUCAGAGAUGCCUCAUUUCAGCUGCCACCUUGCAAAGCUAAAAAUCUCUGCUGCUGGUAUGGCAAAACUGAGAUAGCUGGUGCAUUUGCACUACACGUAGACAGAACCUAUCACACUGAUGGGGCAUCCGUGCCCUCAGGUGUCCACACCUAGAGCUAAAAUUGCUCCUUCUGGAAGAUCUCAGCUUCUUGCUUCUCACAUCAACCCUGAUAAAAGGCAUAAGCAGCAUAAGUCACCAACUGCCUUUGAACACUGGCUCUUGAAUGACAAGUCAUGGACCUAGUCAGCUGGGAAGAUAAUACCUGGUAAAACAAUCUCUAUUAUCCACAGUAAAUUAAGGGAAACUGGGCAUUUAUCACAUAUUAAAAAGUUACUAAUCCAUUCCCUAUUCUCCCUGGCCCAGUGGGCUGUUUAAUUCCUGAGGGCUGUUGCUUAAGUAAAACAUCUGAGCCCCAUCACAUGUCAAGAGCAGUGAUACAGGUAUGUGGUUCCUGCAACAGGCUGGACUACAGAAGCCCUUAACUCUGAUUCUGUCCUUGAGAGCCCCAGCUCACAGCACUGCCUCUGCAGUAGUUUUUAAGCCUCUUGUUCAUCAUGCUUAUUCUAAACAAGUUUUUACAUCAGAAACCCAGUGCAAACAGUCACUGUGGGUCAAACAAGAUCCAAAAGGUUCUAUUGAUGUCCUUUCCAACUGCAAAGCUUUUCAUAUAGGUUAUGAUUAAAACCAUGAGGUCAUUUUUAGGGGAAAUAAAUCCAAAUUUCUCCAAGAAAAAAAGGUGUUGCUAAUGAUGCUGGUACAUAGCUGUAAAGAUAUGUACGCAGCUGUAAAGAGCUGCAUGAUUCUCCAUAGAUAACAUCAGUUCAAAUAACCAGCCAGAAUUACUGUGCUGGGGUUUUGUGAGGGGUUAUGGCACAGAUUAAGUAACCUUGAUCAAAGAGCUCAAAAAAAUUCAGCAAAUUAAUUUGUAAUUUUCCACAGAUGGGAAUGCACUCCAGGAGAGGCAAUCUGUCACUUCAUAUGCACCAGUUAAAUCAGUAUUAUCAGCUCACCCAGGCUGGGACAGGGGCAUUUCUGCAAGUCCUUGGGUGGGAGCCAUCCAGAAAGGUCUGGGUCAGCUGAGUGCUCAGAUCAGUAAUGAAAAAGUUGAAAAUAUUUUGCUGCAGUCUUCUUGAGGAGACAAAUAUAAUCUAGGGGGGAAAACAAACAAACAAACAAAUUUUAAAAUCAAGGUGUCUCACUCUGCUGUGGAGUUCACCAAGCACAGAGUAGGGCUGCACACCAACACAGUCCAUGGUUGCUAAGGGAUGUCUGAGUCAUUUUCAGUGGCUGGCCAGAAGGGAACAGAAGAGCCAGGUCAUUCUGUCCUAAUUCAGGCUGAGCUAAGAGAGCCGCAAGAAAACCUUCCAGCAGUGGAGAGACAGCAGAAAGCCCUGACCCAGCUGCCCAUCAGGGACAUUGGUGGCCGUAAGCCAGGACUCAGCUGCUCAUCCACAGCCUGACCCACCAAACUGGCCACAAGCAGCCAGCACCAGGAGCUCCCAUGGGGCCAGGACAGACUGUAGCAGCCCCAUGGCCCACAGCAGAGCACAUGGCAAGAGCUGCAGGCUCCAGUCCUCUGUGGUGGCACAUGGGAAAUAAUGCUUUUACUGCUCAAGCGUUGGCUUAAAAAUCAUAGUGCUCUCCAAGACAGCUCUUCUCACCCCAGCACCCACCUCCUGGCCGGGCUCAGCCCCCAAGCCUGUACAAUCUUCACCGUUACUCUUGUGCUUCAUGGUGUGGCAGCACCCAAGAAAACUUCAGUGUAGGCAUCACCAGGAAGAUGUUGGGAUAUCUUUGUAUCACUUUUUAUUUUAAAUUAAUUCCUCUCUAUGCCAGUAAAACACCUUCCUAAAUAAACAUGCUGUACCCAGGAGACACAGAUUAUCAGAGUAUUGAUGAAGACAACUUUUUGCACUGUGUAUGUUGCCUCUGUGGUAUAUAGUCUAUAUUCUGUGGUGGUGUUUAUACAUUGAUAUAUGUCAUGCAACCCUACUUAAUUAACUCAAGCUGUUUAAUGUGGAAACUUCUGAAGAAAUAAACUAAACCAUGAUUGUAUAAUUUGCUCUUUUCCACAAGGAACUGAAAAAGCUCCAAUGAUGCAAGUGGACAACAGUAAAAUAAACUGAAUGAACAUUAAAAUCAGUGAAGUCUGACAGCA